UGCUUCUUUGUUCAUCUUCUUCCUCAGCCCCCCACCCACUCCAACCACUCGCCCGCACUGACACACUCAUUUCACUCUGCGAUACCAUAGCUCCAUAUUAUCAUUCAUUCAUUCUCAACACCAACUAAGUUCUAGAGAGAGAGAGAGAGAGAGAGAGAGAGAAGGGGAGAGGGAGAGAAUUUAAUACUCAGCUCUCUUACUCUUUACUCAUAGUAAUACAAGCUAAAAUGGGUGUAGAUGAAGGUGGAGCACUACCCACCACCACAUUUGCAGCUCAAAAGAGAGCCGGAACCCUACCCACCCCCAACGGCGGCGGAGCCCGCGGCGGCCGAGCUAGCUCUACUCCCUCACGCGGCCGCCAGAUCCACCGGGCUUUCAACACCCUCAAGAUUACAAUCCUCUGCGGCUUCGUUACCAUCCUUGUCCUCCGCGGCACCAUCGGUUUCGGCAACCUCGCUUCUUCCCAGGCCUUAGCCGAGGCGGAGGCUGAGAACUUGAAUCUCAUUGCAGAAACUAACCGGAUAAUCGCCGAGAUCCGGUCGGACAGUGAGCCGGAGGAGGAGGAGGAGGGGGGAACUCUCGACGCGAACCCUACCUUCAUAUUGGGGCCCAAAAUCAGUGAUUGGGAUGAACAGCGAAAGGAAUGGGUUCAGAGAAAUCCAGAAUUUCCGAUUAUUGUGAAUGGAAAACCUCGGAUUUUGCUUGUUACUGGGUCUCCACCGGGUCCUUGCGAUAACCCUGUUGGGGAUCACUAUCUUUUGAAGGGUAUUAAGAACAAAAUUGAUUAUUCUAGGGUACAUGGGAUUGAGAUAAUGUAUAAUUUAGUUCAUUUGGAUAGUGAAAUGACAGGCUACUGGGAGAAACUGCCCUUGAUUAGGAGGCUGAUGCUUUCUCAUCCUGAAAUCGAGUGGUUUUGGUGGAUGGAUAGUGAUGCUUUGUUCACUGACAUGACUUUCGAGAUACCUUUGUCUAAGUAUGACAAUCAUAAUCUUGUUAUCCAUGGCUACUCGGAUUUGUUGUUUGAUCAGAAAUCUUGGACUGCCUUGAGCACGGGUAGUUUUCUCAUUAGGAAUUGCCAGUGGUCACUAGAAUUGCUUGAUGCCUGGGCGCUGAUGGGGCAUAAAGGUCCUGUCCGCGAGGAGGCUGGGAAGAUUCUUACGGCUAAUUUGAAGGGUAGACCAGAUUUUGAAGCUGACGAUCAGUCAGCACUGGUAUACUUGCUCUUGUCAAAGAAGGAUACGUGGAUGGACAAAGUGUUCAUUGAGAACUCUUACCAUUUGCACGGAUAUUGGGCAGGUUUGGUGGAUAAGUACGAGGAGAUGAUUGAGAAAUUCCAUCCGGGGUUUGGUGACGAUAGAUGGCCAUUUGUGACACAUUUUGUGGGAUGCAAGCCGUGCGAAAGCUAUGGAGAAUACUCUGCCGAAAGGUGCUUGAGAAGCAUGGAGAGAGCUUUCAAUUUUGCUGAUAAUCAAAUACUAAAGCUGUAUGGGUUUAAGCAUAGGGGAUUGCUGAGCCCGCACGUCAAGAGGAUCAGGAAUGAGACUGAUGCCCCACUGCAAAAUGUAGAUCAGUAUGAUUUACGACGCGCAAAGCAUCCAAGUGGAUUACUGAAUUCUCAACAGUCAUAAAUCUGUAGUGACAAAGCUCUGGUAGAGAAGACAAUUGAACCGGGGGAAUGAGGACCAAUGGUUCCUUCUGCUUCAAUACCUUUUAGGGAAGCCGAAUGAACAGACCACCAAAUUUUCUUUGGAAUAUGGUCUCCCCAAAUUCCAAAAUGCAAGUUUGCAUUAUUUUUACUUACUCUCAGCUGCAUUCUCAGCUACAUAGGAAGACAACCGAGAAUUCUGUUGUACCAGGUGAUCUGUACGACUGUACUGAAGGAAUUGCUUGUACUCUUAUAACUUCUCUGGAUAGCACUAAGGUAUACUACUAAUAGUCUUAACCUCCCGAGCCGAGUGUUUAAAAAACAAAAAACAAAAGAAAGAAAGAAAGAGUGAGCAUGCUUGCAUAAUUGUGUUGUAAUUUUUUGUUCUUUCAUUAUUUCCCCCCUCCCUUUUUGUGGAAAGAUUCAUUCUUAGGUCAAAGACAUGUGAACCAUAAGGUCAUUAUGAUGAGUUAGUGAUAUGGGCUAUGAGUUAUUUAUUUGUACUGUAAUUAUUUUCUCCAUUCCUUCUUGUAUGGUAAACCAUCACACUAUGGAGUUGUAAAAGUAUAUAGACUCAUCAUUUCCUAUUGCCU